AUGCAAGCCAAUCAAUCCCUCCCACUUCCAGGCUGCGAUGAAGCGUCCCCAAAAAAGUGUGGACUGGAGCUACGAGGAUACCAAAUUGAACUGGCCUCGGAUGCCAUAAAAGGGAGAAACUGCAUCAUAGUCGCUCCGACUGGGACGGGAAAAACCCACGUAGCGAUGUUCAUCAUAAAGGCAAGCUCGAGAAGGAAGAAGAAGAAGGUGAUGUUUGUGGUGCCGACUGUGGCGCUAGUAGAGCAGCAGAAGCGGCUCUUUGAGAAGUACCUCCACGCUGACGUCAUCGGCAUCAGCGGUGAUGUCGAACUCUCGCUAACUGAACUCCUUGAAACUCAUACUCUCUUCGUACUGACGCCUCAAAUCUUGGAGAACCUACUAAGGAAGGAGAGUUCGCACAUGUUGGAGUUGUCGCUGUUAAUAUUCGACGAAUGCCACCACACAAAAAAGGAGCACCCGUACAAUGCCAUCAUGGCCAGGUACCACGAACACCUUGACCUCGAUCCUAAUUCCGAUCUGCCUCAGAUUGUAGGUUUGACUGCUUCAAUAGGGGUUGGAAAAGCGAAAGACUCGAUACAAGCUAUGGAUUACAUACUUGGUGUGUGUGCCAACCUCAACACGUAUUACAUCACCACCGUUACGAAGAAUGUCCAGGAACUCUCCAAAGCUACUAACAAGCCUGUCGAAGAGACGGAGGAGUGCUCUGGACGAAAAUACGACCCAUUUGGUAAUAUGAUCAAUGAAGUCAUGUCGAACAUUGAAAUGAUGAUUCAGAUGCCACCUAAAGGUAAUGAUGAUGAUGUCGAGGGAGAUGAUGAUCAGAUUGUUCAAUGGCAUUUGUGCUACAUACGACCAGAGGACGAGGCAAUAUUUUGUAUCAUGCUAUCAAUCUACAACAACGCCCUGAUGAUAAAUGCCGACUGCCGAACUAAAGACGCCGUCAACUUCAUCCGGACGAAAGUUGGAGAAUUUGAAGACACUCCCACCGGCAAUUCAAACAACCAGACCACAAUCUCACUGAUGAAUAAUUGGCAAAGUACGUCUGUAACCCUACCUAGCUAUCAUCAGAACGAUUUCUAUGACAAUCCAAAAUUAGAGUUAAUAAAAUCCAAAUUGAUCAAGCAAUACAAGCAAAACGAGGAUUCCAGGUGUAUAAUGUUCUGCAAGACUAGAGACAUGACCGUGGCUCUGAAAAAUUGGAUGAACGAAACUGAAGAAUUGAAGUCACUCAAUGCAACGAAUCUUGUUGGCACUAACGCUCCUGCUUAUAAAGCCGGUCAGACGAGUGCCCAGCAGGAAGAUGUUCUCAAAUAUUUCAAGAACGGCAAACACAAACUGAUCAUCGCGACUACCGUGGCAGAGGAAGGGCUGGACGUACAGAAGUGCAACUUGGUACUCAGGUAUGAACAUGUGACCAACAGCAUCGCCAGGGUCCAGUGCAGAGGCAGGGCUAGAGCAGAGAAUGCAGCCAGUUGCUUGAUAGCCGAACGCGGUCGUGGCAUCGCCAUGAAAGAAAAAAUUAACGAGAUCAGAGAGAGAAUGAUGACUGUUGCGAUCAAACGAAUCCAAGAAAUGAAUUUUGAAGAGAGGCGGAGGUGUAUUAAGACCAUGCAACAUAGAGCAAAAGCUAGUUUUCAAUACAUAUCAGAGGAGUUGAAGAAAAUUAAAUUGCAUCAAAAUUUGUACGAAAUUCGCUGUUCUAAAUGUGAUUCACUUGGUUCCUUGUCCGAUAAGGUGAGAAAGAUUGAGAACUCGCAUCACGUAGUCAUAGACCCAAGCAUGAAGGACCGUGUUAUUAUAAAACCAUACCCACAAACUGAAAAUAUCUCACCAACUUUUGAAAGAAGUGGAAAAAUUUACUGCAAGGAAUGUAACAGCGAUUGGGGAAUCAUGGCUAGCUACAACGGUGUGUCCUUUCCGGUUAUUAAGGUUUGUGGUCACGGCUUUUCUUUUUCCUUCAUGACUAGUUUUAAUUUUUAA